CUUGGUUGCCCCACUCUGCUGGCCGUCCACGUUAAAUCGGCAGCUUUUUCCCUCGACGCGCGCCUCCUUCUGGGAUUCAUCCUGCCAUCUACGCCAUUCCACGACACCGCACUCACAUCCACAUCCAUCAACUCUCUUCUUGGCCUUUUCCAGAACCACCGCAAUCAUGGCAACAAACGGUAAUGUUAAUCACAGCGACCAGUACGCAGCGUCCAGCUCGACAACCGAGGCCCCCGCCACUACUUCCACCACUUCCCAGAACCAGAACCAGACCCUGCCCAAGGAUGAGGUCGGCUGGUACUUCGUCGAGCAAUACUACACCACUCUGAGCAAGAACCCCGAGAAGCUUCACCUCUUCUACGGCAAGAAGUCCCAGUUCGUCUACGGUCAGGAGGCCGAGAUCUCCUCCGUUUCCUAUGGCAGACAGGGCAUCCAAGAGCGCAUCAAGGGACUCGAUUUCCAGGACAGCAAGGUCCGCAUCUCGAAUGUCGAUUCGCAAGGCUCCGGCGACAACAUCGUCAUCCAGGUCAUCGGCGAGACCUCCAGCAAGGGCGCCGAGCCCAAGAAGUUCGUCCAGACCUUUGUUCUUGCCCAGCAGCCCUCCGGUUACUUCGUUCUGAACGAUAUGCUCCGCUACAUUAAGGAGGAGGUUGAGGAGGAGGUCGAGGAGCCCGCCCAGGAGGCUGCUGCCGCUCCCGAGGAGGAGGCUCCCGCUCAGCCUGAGGCUCCUGUCGAGGCCGCUGCUGAGCCUGUCGAGGAGGCCAAGCAGCCUGAGCCGGAGGCUGCCGAGCUGGAUGCCAGCACUGUUGACCAGAAGCUUGAGGAGGUUGCUGAGGAGGAGACGCCCGCUGCUGAGCCCGUCGAGGCCGCUGCUGAGCCCGUCGAGGAGGCCAAGCAGCCUGAGCCAGAGGCUACCCCCGAGCAGGCUCCUGAGCCUGAGAAGGUUAUUGAGGAGAUUACCAGGGAGGAGGUUAAGAAGCCCGAGGAGCCCAAGGCCCCUAGUCCCACUCCUGCCCCUGUUGCUGCUCCCGCGGCUGCCCCCCCUGCUGCCGAGCCCGAGAAGCCCAAGGAGCCUCCCAAGCCCAAGACCUGGGCCAACCUGGUCGCUGUUGCUGCCGGCCCCAAGCCUGUUGUUCCUCUGACCAAGGCCGCUACUCCUGCGGUUCCUGCCCAGACCCGCGCCGCUGCCCCUGCGGCCGCUCAGCAGCCCGCCGCUGCUCCCCAGGCUACCGAGACUGCUGCCGCCCCCAAGGAGCAGGCCAACGAGUGGCAAACCGCUGAGACCAAGCGCCAGAGCCGUCCCCAAUCUAUGGCCGCCAGCGCCGAGAAGGAGACCGCUAUGGCCUACAUCAAGUAUGUCACGGAUAAGGUCAAGGAGGAGGAGCUCAAGGGCCUCCUGAGCAGCUUCGGCGAGCUCGUUUACUUCGACAUCAACCGCACCAAGAACUGCGCUUUCGUCGAAUUCAAGACCCAGGCCGGUUACAACGCCGCCGUUGCCGCCAACCCUCACACCGUUAACGGCGAGAACAUUGUUGUUGAGCAGCGUCGCCCCAAGUCUACUGCCUUUGGUGGUAGCAACUACGGUUCCGCUGGACGUGGCGGCGCCGCUGGACGUGGCCGUGGUGGCUUCGAGGGUGGUCGCUCUGGCAGCCAGAGCGGCGGCCGCGGUGGAUUCGGUGGCCAGUCUCGUGGCCGCGGCGGAGCCAACCGUGGCCGUGCCCCUACUGCUCAACCCCCUACCGCUUAGGUGGCGUGAAGAGUUGACUAUAACGUCACAGUCGGUAUUGCCUGAGAACUCGUCACAUUGCCCAGUGUGAGGAGUGAUAAAAUUUACAUAAAGAUAUAUAUGGUUGUUCGUCUCGCUUGCGGAUGGGCUGGAGUUGUUUGGAAGGUUAGGAAAAGACCUGAAGACAAAAGGAGGCACAA